AUGAAGAGUGUGAAUUUCUAUUACCUCUUGCUGUACUUGACUUACCUGAACCCUGUCUGCUCCACCGACGCCUGCGAGAUCUGUGACUGCAGUGGCUUCAGUCUGGUGUGCCCAGCACAGGCACCAGCUCACAGGUCCCCUGAUAUCAAACUGUCAUUAUCUUCUUUUUCCUUUAAAGUUAUUCCAUCUGAGGUGUUUCAACAUUUCCGACAAGACAUCUUAAGCAUGUAAGUAAUUUUACUGGAAAAACAUGUAAUUAUUCUGUGAAUCUAUUGACCUGCACUGAAUAUAGCUCACACGUAGAAGAGAGAUUAACUCAAAAGGACAUUAGCCACAGUGAAUGUAACAAGAGCUAUUGAUUGGUUUCUCAAAAUUGUUAAUUUGUAAGAUAUAUGUUUCAGUUUUGUGCGCACUGUGAACGUUACAUUCUUAAC